ACCAAUCAAACUCACCAAGGAUCUGUCAAUCAAACCAACAUUUGUCCCUAAGCUAGCGUAUGACUUAAAACAAAACAGGCACCAAUUUAGAAUUCCGUGAAUCCACGUUAUGGGUGGUGUAAAGCAAGAGCAGACUGAUGCUCCUGCAUCUAAAGACUCUCAGCAGACUGAUUCGCCACAGGAAGAGAACCAAUCGACUUCACAGCCGGUAAAGAAGCGAGGUUGGCCAAAAGGAAAGAAGAGAAAGAAGGUAUUGCCGAACGGCCCCAAGGCUCCAGUUACCGGUUAUGUCCGUUUCUUGAAUGAGAGACGGGAACACAUCCGGGCCCUUCAUCCAGAUCUUCCCUUUCCAGAAAUCACCAAGAGACUCGGGGCAGAAUGGAGCCGCCUGGCACCUCAUGAUAAACAGCGUUACCUUGAUGAAGCCGAAAGGGACAAAAUGCAGUAUGCACGAGAACUCAGGGAGUAUCAGAAAAGCGAAGCUUAUCAGAUCACGUGUGCAAAAGUUCAAGACAAGAGAAUCAAAAGAGAAGAGUUGACUUCUGUCAUUAUCAACGCCAACAGUUCAGGAUCUUCAGGUUUUAAGAACUCAGACUUCACGGCCAGAUUUGAUGUCCCUAUUUUCACAGAAGAAUUUUUGGACCAAAACAAAGCAAGAGAAGCAGAGCUCCGGCGUUUGCGCAAGGCUAAUGUGGAGUUCGAGGAGCAGAAUGCUGUUCUCCAGAAACACAUUGCCGACAUGUUCAGUGCUAAAGAGCGCCUGGAAGCUGAGCUAGGCCAAGAUGAGCUUCGUACGCAGGCCCUACAGCGCCACCUACAGGCUAUCAAACAGACGCUAGUCAGCAGCUUGGCUACUGUGCCUUUACCAGGCACUGGUGAAACGCCGUCGAUUGGGACGCUGGACUCAUACCUGAGUCGCCUGAGCAGUGCUUUAGAGAGCAGGCCUCAUGAGCAUCGUGCCUUAGUCCUUAAGCUACAAGAGCUCUUAGCUCACCUGGACAGUGAGAAGCUUUGAAUGGUGGGAUCUAAAGGUUCUUCAUCCGGCUGACCAAAAGCAUUCAGAAGGCUUGGGACCCCAGUGCUCUGCCUCAAAUGCCAAUAACAAGAGCCAAACGGUUUAAUUGGGUAUUUUCAGAAGGCUUGCUCUGCAAUAAGCUCGUUUCACUGGUAACACUGGUGCUGACUGAUUCUAAACUUAUUGUCAUUAAUUUUUAUAAUGCUGUUUUGACAGUUACAGCAGCUCAUGGGAAGUCCAUUUACAUCCACUGAAAGCAUGGUUUAAGGAUAAUGAUGUUUGCUAGGAUAAUGUAAUGUAAUGCAAAGUGCAUUUACUAUUCUUUGUCAUAAUAUUUUCUGAAUUUAAAUGUAUGGUUAUUUUUGGUCACGUUCCCAUUUGAACAGUUGGCAUUGCAAAGGGUGAUGAAUUUAGAGUCAAGAGUUUACACUGCUUUGCUCGUGUACUUGAACUGAUUUUUAUUAUUAUUAUUGUAUGAAUUAUUUUAACAUGGAAAGAGAAUAUGAAGUGGAAAAAAUGAUAAUAAAACCCAGCAUGAACUAG